GAGCAUGGCAGACUGAGGGCGCUGUGGUGGGUGCGGGCGGGUCUUGUGGACCCUGCAGUGCCCGCGAGGACAGUGGCUGGGAUUCUAGGCGAAUUCCCAACUGGAGAAUGUCAAGCCGUGUCGCAGGAGAGCGUGGGGAGAGUACGGGACGCUUUGUGCAAUAUAAUAUUGGGCAUCAACCAAUCCGAGAUUCGUGCUUUGGCAGCUUCGGCUUGCGACGACGGCACAUUCAUCAUGCACCGCGUGCGCGACGAGUGCUCGACGCGGUUGCGGUCGUACUCGGCGUCCGCGCACGCUGGCGCGGGGUUGCCCGUAAGGGGCCCCGCCAGCAAGAUCCAAAACAAUGUGAUCACGAUUUAUGGACCUGGAGAGUCUGGCCACGUGAACGCAUUGACUGAGCUACAGCCCUUGGGGCGCAAGGAUGACCCUACUCUGGCGACGGCCGUCAUUGGCGCCAUCAGAUGUUUGCACGUGCUCGUCGGUGACGGCGUCAAUACCAACCAGCACGUUUGCAAGCGCGUCUCAUUCCACUUCACUGAAGAUGCUCGGCGCAAUGGGUACACGUAUCUCCUCGUCGAGUUCGUGUGCGGAUCUCAUGUCGGGAACCUGUGCGUUCUCGUGUCGGUGUGCGCCAGGCGUUGCAAGGAUCCUGUCGAGAACGACGCCCUGUGCGCAAACGCUUCCCGGUAUUUUCGCCAUCUUGUUCCCGCGUACGUGGAGGAGUACGCCAGUACCUUGCGGGAUUGGGUCCGAGCAGACCUCGAUAUGGUCAUCGAGGCUGCGAUUCCGGCGGAGGUUGCCGCGUCCAGGGAUGCCCUUCGAGCUCUGUGCGGGGACCUGGUGUUGCCCCCAGCUAUCUUGCGUUUGCUGAACAGACGGAUUGGCGCCCUGGAGCACUCGGCGCCUGCGGGCGUGGACCGGGGUGCCGUCGCGGGGGGCGCAUGCGCGGAGCUCUACAAAUUCGCCGCGGUGGUGGACGAGCACCCCGCGCAUACGCGAUUUUUCACCUUCGCGAUCUGCAUCCACACCCUCCUGGGCAUGAAGCUGCUCGGCGCUCCGUCCAGA